AACUCCAGAACCCAAGCUAAAUGCAUAACUAGUGGUUGAUCUUCUGGUAUCACAAUCAUCGGCAUAAUCAACAUCACAAUAUCCUUCUCGUUUGCAUGCUACUCCACUUUCGUAGAAUAUACCAAGGAGGGAAGCAGAGCUCAUUCAAAAUAUUGCCAAUGACAUUAUGCAAAAAUUGAACCGUCCAUCUUCAACCGCACUAGCAAACAUUGUUGGAAUUAACAAAAAUUGCGAUCGUAUUGAAUUGUUCUUGGAAAGAUUCUCUACAAUUGGAAUUUGGGGUAUGGGCGGAAUAGGUAAAACAACCAUGGCCAAAGUUGUGUUUGCAAAAUUCCGCUCUCAGUUUGACAGUUGUUGCUUUUUGGAAAAUUUAAGAGAAGAGUCAGAAAAACAUGGGUUAAAAUAUAUACAUGAUAAACUUCUCUUUGAACUAUCAAAUGAUACAUUUCUUGAAAGGCUUAGUCGUAAAAAAGUUUUGAUUGUACUUGAUGAUGUUAGCAACACAAGUCAGUUAGAAUAUUUAGAAAAUGAAGCUCCUCGUUUGGGACUGGGUAGUAAAGUCAUCAUAACAAGUAGAGAUCAGCAUGUACUUGAUGAAAGAGUUGACAAAAUACACAAGGCCAUAGCAUUGAACUAUGAUAGCUCACUUCAGCUUUUCAACCUCAAAGCCUUUCGAAAGAAUGGUUAUAAAAGUGAGUAUAAAAAAUUAGUUGAAAAAGUGGUGGCCUAUGCCAAGGGCAACCCAUUAGCCUUAACUAUUUUGGGUUCAUUUUUGCAUUCCAAAACUAUAAAGGAAUGGGAAAGUGCAUUGGUUAAAUUGGAGAAGAGGACCUAUCAAGAUAUUCAAGCUGUGCUAAAAUUGAGCUAUGAUGGACUAGAUGACGAAGAGAAAGAAAUGUUUUUAGAUAUUGCUUGCUUUUUGAAAGGUGAAUCUAAGGGAGAUGCAAUAACAACAUUAGAGGGUUGCGGCUUUCAUGCAAGCAUUGGUUUGAGAACCCUUAUGGAUAAAGCACUGAUAAGUAUUGACUAUGACACUGUGCAGAUGCAUGAUUUAAUCCAAUCAAUGGCUUUAGAAAUUGUUCGUCAAGAGAACAUAAAAGAUCCUGGAAGACGAAGUCGACUAUGGAAUCCUGAUGAGAUCUAUGAUGUACUAAAAAAUAAUCAGGGAUCUGAUGCAAUUCAUGGCAUAAUCUUAAAUUUGUCUGAAGUUAGAGAUAUACAAUUGAGUAUUGAUACCUUUAAAAAGAUGACUAAUUUAAGAUUUCUGAAAUUCUAUUCCCCCCGGGAUGAAAGAUCAUGUAUAGUGAAUCUUCCUUCAGGGCUGGAUUCAUUUUCCAAUUCAUUAAGGUAUCUCCAGUGGGACAAAUUUCCUUUAGAGUCUCUGCCAUCAUUAUUUUGUGCUGAGAAACUAGUUGAACUUCGCAUGCCUAACAGCAACCUAGAAAAACUAUGGGAUGGAGUGCAGAACUUGGUGAAUUUAAGGAACAUAGACCUUACUGGAUCUAAACAAUUAAUAGAGUUGCCAGAUUUCUCAGCUGCUCAAAAUCUUGAAGUGGUUUAUCUUUCAAGUUGUGAAAGAUUAUGCCAUCUUCAUCCAUCUAUUUUAUCUCUCCCAAGAUUGCAUGAUUUGAAACUUUCCUAUUGCAAAAACCUAAAGAGUUUGAAGAUGGAGAGUCAUUCAAAUUCUCUCUCAAGCCUACUUGUUAAUGGUUGCUACAGUCUUAAGGAAUUUUCAUUCUCUUCAAACAAAUUACUUAAUUUAGACUUACUUCUAACAGGCAUUGAGAUAUUGGACUUAUCAAUGGGCCAUAUGGAGCAACUCCAACAACUCUCUCUUAAUGGCUUGACAUUAAAGAAUCUUCCAGUUAAUGAGAUUUGUUGCUUGAGAUCUCUUCGGGAGCUUUAUCUUUAUGGUUGCAUAGAAAUAAUUGACAAAUCAAAGCUACAUAUCUUAUUUGAUGCUUUGCUAUAUCUAGAAUCAAUUGAUUUGGAUGGGGCAUGCAGAUUAACUGAACUUCCAAACAAUAUCAAGCAUCUCUCAAGGCUAAAAUCUCUUUACAUAAACAAUUGCAAGAGCCUUCAAUCUUUACCAGAGUUUCCACCAUCUAUUGAAAGAUUAAAUGCUUGCAACUGCAUCUCAUUGAAGACACUACAACUCACUUCUCAUUUUGAAUCUUCAUUAUUGGCAAAUGAAAUAAUCUCGGGUUCAACACUCUGUUCCUCAAUUAGUUAUCUUAGAAAUCUUUGGGACCUUGAUCUUAGUGGUUGUGAACAAUUGCAUGAAUUGCCUGAAAUCAUCAAUUCCUUAUCUUCAUUAUCUUCAUUGGAUUUGGAAGGAAGCAAUGUAGAGAGCUUGCCUGCCAACAUCAAGCAUCUUUCAAAUCUAACAGGUAUUUGGUUGAGAAAUUGUAAAAGACUUCGUACUCUACCAAGAUUGCCACCAUCCAUUGAAACAAUUAACACUGAUGAUUGCAUAUCAUUAGAAAUUGUACCUCCCUCAAUAACUUGUAUGCCACAACUGACGUUCCUAAGUUUGAAACAUUGCUUGAAAUUGGAGAAUCGUUUUUAUCCCAUGUUAUAA